AUGUCACCAGCACUCAAGGCGUUCCUCGCUCUCAUCCUGCCCCCUUUCCAAGUUUCCCGGCCCCCAUUUGCCGCCAUUACAAAACUCUACGAGGCAUACCAUAUUCUAGUCAGAAACGACUGGCUGGAUAAUCUCGAAGCUCUCCAUAGACGCUAUGGCCCUGUUGUACGCAUUGGCCCCAACGAGCUACACUUCAACGACCACGAAUUUUGCCUCGCACACCAUAGACGUCCAGACCUAGGCAAGUGCACCAAUUACUACGGACUGCUAGAUACCCUGCUGGGCGGCCUGGCCAGUCCCCAUCGCCACACGGAGCGCAAGUCGAUCAUGCAGCCGCUGUUCAGCGGAGCCACGCUCUCGCAGUUCUCCGCAACAACCAUGAACUCGAUUCUCGACUCGCUUCAUAACCGUCUGACUGAUGCCAGCAGGGCCGUGUCCGGUCCCGUCAAUGCCACGCAUUAUCUCUGGGCUUACACCAACGACAUCAUGGUCUCGUAUCUCGUGGGCGAGGACAAGGGUUACCUUGGAAGAGAUCUGCAGGUGGUCCACGACGAGCUGCGCGCCUUCAGCGCCAUCGAGCUGGCCACUGUGCUACGGACGAUGCCCAUAGCCAAGAAGGCAAUUGAAGUCUUCCCGGCGCUGCGCCAAUACUCUCCGUUGGCAUGGCUAGAUAAUCUGGUUCUCGAAAACCUUAAACCAAUGAUGAAGAGCUACAAAGACCCCGAAGCCCACCACGAGAAGGACCGGCAAAGCGUGCUGGCCCGGCUCUGGACCCAGCUCGGCCAGGACGCGCAGAUUGUGGCGCAAGAGGCUGCCCAGGCUCUUUUCAUCGGCAACGAAUCGCUGCUCAGCAAUCUCACAUUUUUGCUCCACAACAUGAUGAAGAACCCCGGGUGCAUCGCCAAGCUGCGCGCCGAGCUCGACAACCUCGACGUCAGCAUGUACGGCCAUCGCAUCUGGCGGGACUUCAAAGUCCUGCGCCUGCUAUACUUGGACACUCUUUGCAGGGAAUCGACUCGCCUGAGCUCCCCCGGGUGGCACCGCCAGCCGCGACAGACGGCCGAGCCGGUGGACUACAAGGGCACCGUGAUCCCCCCGAUGACGAGCAUGAGGUUCACGCUGCACAUGCUCGAGCACGACCCGCUGCUGUACCCGGAGCCCAAUAGCUUUAAGUCCGACAGGUGGUUGAGCAACGACGCGCAGUCGCAGAAGGCUAUGGCCAGCUCCGUCACGUUCGGCACCGGCACGAGGACAUGUCUAGGGCAAUUCAUCGCCCGGCAGGUCCUGCGCAAAACCCUCGCCGGCCUGGUGUACAACUUCAACUUCUCGCUGUGCGAGGAGGGCGAGGGCGAGGGCGAGGGCGAGAGCAAGAAAGGCGGGAGCGAGUUCCCGUACCUCACGACGUAUCCCCGAAAGUGGUACGAGGGGUUCAUGCACGUCCGGCUCACUCCGCGGUUCCAGAGUAUUUAG